UGAAAAUCGUGAGCCCAAAAGCCCAACAAGCCAAACAAAGAACAGUCAGGGUUUUUGUCUCUCCGGUUUCGAUCGAAAACCUAGCAGUCGCUCUUCUCCUUCCAUCUCAACGUCUCCAUGGCCGAUUCGAGGAAGAGGUGCGAUGAAGAUAAAGCCAAUUUCUCCAAAGAGGCACCUGGAAGAAACAACCCAGGAGCACGAUUCCGGGAAGAAAUCGUAGGCUACUCAUCUAGCAGAUGGUAUUCCUCUUCUUCAGAAUCUGAGAUUGAUUAUCUCACUAAAGCAAAAACUCUUGCGGCUCACGAUCUUCCUUUAGAUGUCACUAAAACUGAAGUAGCUAGUCGUGUUAAAAUUUUGACAAAUUAUGAAGACCGUGAAAAAAAAUUUAUCAAAGACAAGUACAGCGUCAUAGAAUUCAAUUCUGAACACGAUAAAAAAGAGGCUCUGAAACUCAACGGAAACAAAAUCCGUGAUAAAUAUAUUCAUGUUAGGCAGAUGGUGAACAAGCGAAGAAUUGUGUGCGUUAAUGGCUUCAACAGCCAAUGGGAUGUAAAAUAUAUCAAGGCAGAAAUUCGUAAGAGUUUCAAAGAAUCUGUUUUGGGUAUAUUUAUUCCAACAAACCCUGUAACCGGCGGUCACCUAGGUUUUGGGUAUGUAUCCCUCGAGUUGUGUGAUAGCAGCAGCGAGAGUGAUAGCGGCAGCGAGAAGGAAAGCAGUGGCGAGAGGGAAAGCAGUGGCGAGAGGGAUAGCAGUGGCGAGAGGGAUAGCGGCAGCGAGAGGGAUAGCGGCAGCGAGAGCGAGUUGUGGUAUCCAAUAACAAUCGGUGGCAUUAAAAUUGAUGUCAGAAGUUGUUCAUUGAGAAAACGCUACGAAGCUGAACUGGAAGACAUCUUGGAAGUUAAGCAAGACGAAGACAUCUUAGAAGUUAAAAAAGACCAAGACGAAAUGAAGGUGUUGUUGCCGAUAUCUUCUGAUCUACACAAGACGACCAUAGAUCCGUAUGAUUGGGAAUUGGAGAGUCCAGGCAUAAUUCCUCCUCCUUGCACGCAAGCAGGAAAUGAUUGCUGGGCUCAUGCGUUGUCGAGGGGUUAUAAUACUUCGGUUCAACGAUUCAACUUGGCACGAAAUCAUCUGACACACAAAGAUUUUCUGGAUGGUGUGGAUUAUGCUCAUCAGGUUUCAGGUCAAGGAAUUGAUCGGCUCAAGAAUGCGGCCCCAUAUUUGGAUAGUAUAGGUUGUGACAUGGUCAUUCAUCACCGACCCAGGGGUGGUGAAAUGCACAAUUUCGAAGAAUAUGAAGACUUCAUCCAAAAUCUCUUAAGAGAAGCAGGACCUCUAAUGGUCUCUCUAGAGAAUACACCUGGUUUUGCAGAUUUCAAUGGAGUUGGAAUAUAUCGUCCUUCCUCCAGCGAUAUUCACCAGUUGACUUUUGAAAAGUUCCCCGUGCACUGCCUUUUGCUUACUGCCUAUGGUAUCAAGGACGGGAUCGAGUACUGGAGAUUACAAGAUUCAAAUGGGAAAGAAUUUGGAGAGGGUGGCUUCAUUAUGAUUGAAAGGCAUAAGUGCCUAAUCAAAUCAGUUGUUCAGUUGAAAAUCAGAAGAGAUCCUUAAAAGUGAUCAGAGUAGACUUGAAUAUCUGAUGUUAGACUUUUAUCUUUUAAAAUAUCUUACAACUUUUUUUUUGUAAGAUUCGUAACCAUCAAACAUAUAACUAUGAAAGCUUUUUAAGCCUCUUUUCUUUUUCCUCCCCACCUAAGAUUAUUUCAACGUUUUAUAAAAGGCUUAUUUCAUUCUUAUUCAUCUUUGUAACAUGGUCGUAUUUGUCCUUAUGAUUACAGAGAGAUCAUAGACUAUUUUUUAGAAACAUCGUGAAUAUAAGUUGUGGUGCUCGAGACUAAUUAAUGGAC